AUGCUGUCUUAUGAUGUCGUAAAGCCAAAAAAGACUUCCGAGUACGGUAGUUAUUCAUACCAGACGACCACUGCUGCGCCGUACUACACCACUGCUGCGCCGUACUACACCACUGCUGCGCCGUACUACACCACUGCUGCGCCGUACUACACCACUGCUGCGCCGUACUACACCACGACGUAUGCGGCCCCCACUUACUACACUACAAAGGCGCCCGAGUACUACCCCACAACAUAUGCGGCCCCCACUUACUACACCGAGGCUCCCAUGUACUAUGGGACAAAGGCUCCUGAAUACUACACCACCACGUAUGCAGCUCCCACUUACUAUAUGGAGGAACCAAAAUACUACUCCGCACCGAGCUAUUACACGGAAGCGCCAGUAUAUUAUACCACUCCAAGCUACUACACCGAGGCUCCCACUUACUAUACCACAAAGGCUCCUGAGUAUUACACCACAACUUACGCUUCACCAGUUUACUACACCGAGGCCCCGAAAUAUGACUCUGCUCCAAGCUACACUACAACCGUGUCGUACUACACAACUACAGAGGCGCCUAAGUAUUACGUAGCACCAACCUACUACACUGAAGCCGCGCCAUCUUAUUACUCCGAGCCGACCUACUACACUGAAGCCCCGAAGUACUACGCUGCCCCAAGUUACUACACCACGACUGCUCCUUCGUACUACGUCGAACCUACUUACUACACCACAACUUAUGCUGCUCCGUCUUACUAUACUGAGGCUGCUGAAUACUACACAACUAAAGCCCCAGAGUACUACACAAAGAAAGCUGAAUACUACACCACCACUUACGCCGCUCCAGCUUAUUACACUGAGGCUCCCAAAUAUUCGGCUCCACAAUACACUACAACAUAUGCGGCUCCAAGCUAUUAUACAGAAGCCCCGAAGUACUACACUACAACAUAUGCCGCUCCGGUUUACUACACCGAAGCUCCUCAAUACUAUACCACAAAGGCAACUGAAUACUACACAACUGCCGCCCCGGAGUAUUACACGAAGAAAGCUGAGUACUACACCACAACAUACGCUGCUCCAGCUUACUACACUGAGUCUCCCAAGUAUUACCAGACAGAGGCACCGCAAUAUUAUACUACAAAGGCCCCCGAAUACACCACAACGUACGGUGCCCCAAGCUACUACGCUGAGGCGCCCAAGUACUACACCACCACCUACGCUGCUCCGGCUUACUACACUGAGGCUGCUGAAUACUACACCACAAAGGCUGCUGAAUACUACACAACCACUUACGCUGCUCCAGCUUACUACACUGAGGCCCCUAAAUAUUACCAGACUGAGGCUCCAAGAUAUUAUACUACAAAGGCCCCCGAGUAUACCACAGCAUAUGUUACUCCUAGCUACUACACCGAGGCACCGAAGUACUACACAACAACCUAUGCAACCCCAUCCCUAUCUACUACACUGAGGCUCCCAAGUACUAUUAUUCGUGAAAAUUGCGUUGUCCAUCAAGCUCGAUGAUGGAAUAUUCAGAUU